GGGUAUUGGUUUUUCUCGGACACUAAUGUCUGCAAUGUCUGCUCGUUGCUCAUCACGCAGAUAUAAUUUUAAGCCAAUUAAUCUAGUAAGUUUGUGAGUCCCCGACUUAUUCAUCGUAUCACUCAGUCUGAGCUUAAAUCAUUGUGAGAACUCGAGAAAAUUCGUAAUGUCCGAGCACCUCUAAGUGUAUCUUCUCGUGGUUUCGUGUCAAUCAACGACAACCCCUUGUCUUGGAAUCCACGGUGCUUCGUUCUUCGUUCACACGUUUUUCCACCCUUGCUAAGUUCGGGGGUACAUGCGCCCUGACGUCCUAUCCCGCAUCUCUCCAACCUUGAACUUUCGUCAACUCUACCCAAAUUUGAAGGCAGUGGGUGCAAGCAUCUGAAUUUCAGCGUGAUAAGCAGUUCCCCACUAUCAGUCAUCAUGUCCGUGGCAGAAUUCCUCAAAGGCUUGCCCAGCUACAAUGAAACAAACUUUUCACGAUACCAUGCAGACUCAGCUGGUCGAGCGUCUAACAAAAGGCCAUCAAUCUACCUCCCGACCAAUGACUACCCAUCCGAACAAAUUAUUGUACCAGAGAAGACGAAUAUCCUCAUUCGUUACCUUCACCAACACUGGGAAAAGAAACAAGCGAGUAUAAAGAAACGUGACCAUUUGAACGUGGACAGCAGUGAUGAAGCUUCAGUACGGAAAAAACCCCGACUGGAUGUGCGAACUGAUAUGUCACCAUAACUGCUUGUAAAGAUUUCGUGUCUUAUCUCACAAAUUUUACUGUUGAUCAGUGAAAAACUGGCAAGUUGUUCGAAGAAAAGUCAAUAAGAAAAUUCAAUGGACGAAUUUCAAAACGGAACCUCCCUUCAAUUUCUCCGCAUUUUUUUCUUUUAGAUUUUAACUUUAUCAAAGUGAUAUCUAAUUUUAAGCAUGUUAUUUUAGCCUUUUUUUGCAUUCAUCAUCGAUCGGUAUUAUGGGAUGGGGUGAAGUCCAACCAGUAUUCACACAGGGUUGCCACAGUCAGGGAUAACUUGGAAAUGUCAGGAAAAAAGAGGGAAGUUUCAGGGAAAAAUUGUCACGUCGCCUGUAUUUACUUUUUAGAAUGGGUUUGGUAUUUCAAACAACAAAUUUCAACAGGUCGUCAAGGAAUUUUUAUAAAUUGUGUCAGGGAGAUCAGGGAAAUGCUUAGAAAAAUUAUUUUCCAAAUUCUGUGGUAACCGGUAUUUAUAUCACCCUGGAAUUCGGGUUACUUGAUUUUCUCUUCCGAGUAUGACUUUUCUAUGCCCACUUGUUUGAAUUUAAUCUCUUACUUUUUAAGUUAAUUUUGUAAAUUUUUUAAGUUCUUUUUUUGUGUUAUGAAUGAUAUUGCAGAUAGUGAAGUGUGUCAAGAAUGAAAAUAUAAUAUUGUUGUAACUGAAA